AUGCAGCUUGGGCGGUUCCAAGUCUCGACGCUCCGCCCACCGCCAAUCCUCGGUGUCACGUUCUCAGCAGACGCGCACAUCUUCGCCGUCGCCACCGAGACAGGAUACGAAGUAUGGCGAACUUGGCCGCUGGGCCGGCUCAGGCGACGAGCCCUCCCCGGCACUCUUGCCCGUGCGGUACCGUUGCCUAACUCGCCGCUCAUAGUGGUCCAAGGGGGCGGUUCCAACCCUCUCUUUCCGCCGAACAAGGCAGUCAUCUUCCAUGACGCGCGCGGUAUACCUGUCGCGGAGCUCGAGUUUGGUGAACGUAUACGUGGAAUAGCAGUGCGACACCGUACUAUUAUCAUCGUCCUCCUCCGCCGCGCGUUUGCGUACGAGUAUGGCCAAGAGGCAGCUGCUCCCAAGGGGAAGGCCAAGGCUGCCGACGGACUCUGGCUCCGCAAGCUUGGCGAGUGGGAGACGGCAGAGAAUGAGAAUGGCUUGACAGCCAUCUCGACCGCACCGGGAUCGACCCUCUUGGCCCUCCCUGGCCGCCAACCGGGCCACGUUCAGCUUAUCCACCUCCCUCCGUGCCCCGCACCUGCCUCGUGUGCCGCCACGAGUCCUGGGACAGGCACUUUCCGCUCGCCGAUCCUGCUCGCGCACACCCACCCGUUGUCGGCGCUUGCAUGCUCUGCCACGGGGUCACACCUCCUAACUGCCAGCGAGCGUGGUACUCUACUGCGCGUCUGGGACACUGCACGUGGUGCACUCGAGAACGAGCUGCGUCGCGGUGUGGACCCCGCAGAGAUCUGGGGGCUCGUGUUUGAAGACGCCGUGUUUGCCGACUUUGGCGCACUCUCCGAUCCUGACAGGAGGCGCGAGUACCAGAAGCGCAAAGGCGGGCGCGUCGUGGGGUGGAGCGACAAGGGGACGGUGCACGUGUGGGGCAGUGACGGCGGGUCGAGUAAGAGUUCCAAGAGCAGCAGGCCAGCCUCGAGUAAAGGAGCUGCAAAGGGCUCGCCUGCACCCAGCCUCGCCAACGUGCUCACCAAGGCCCUCAGCCUGCCAAACUACUUUUCCUCCACCGCCUCGUUUGCGCAAUACUAUCUCCCACGCAAAAACCCGCACGCGUUCGCCUCCAACAUCGGAGCGGCAAUGGAGACUGCAGGUGUCCCGUCGAUGCGCAUCAACGAGGACGCCGAGCGCGAGCCCGAGGAACGUGAAUGGGCCGAACGCUACGUCGUGUCCUGGAUCGAAGUCGAGGUUGAGGAUGUGCCUCCUCCCGAAAUCGACCUGGACAAGCCGCUCGAUAAAGACAAUCUCAAAUUCCGCCCGCGUAGACCGACAGGCGGGAUGACGAUGGGUGCGCGCGAAGAACGUCAUUCGUUUGGCAGCGACGCAACCUCGUCGCGCACUGCCACGCCUAACAUUGGCGCCCGCGCCGAUACACCCAUGGCCCACCGACGGAGCAGUAGCGGGACGUCGGCCACGGCGCCGACCGCCACCGGCGGGACGGCCCGCAACUCGCCGCAGCCGAGGAUCCGGCGAAAGGACACGCUUGGGUCCCAACCUGUCACGAAACGUAAAGAGCGACAGUUGGUCGUGGUGACAUUUGCAGGCGACUGGUAUCGUCUCCGCCUACCUCAGCAACGAGGCCCUGAUGACGACCCCGAUAUGCCCAUAAAGACCAAAUGCGAGCUGGUAGAGUACCGCCGUCUCGGUGUAGGUGGCGGUGGAUGGUAG